AGGAACAUGCUCCCAGUACAGCUGUACAAGUGACGAAGAAUGUGUCAAAUUGUUGAAUAUUAGCGAAGCAAGCUGCAUGCUACCAGGUUGGAAUUGCUAUUGUGGCUGGGGCUACGCUGUGAAGCAUGGCCUUACAGGUUACGAGACUGACUCGGCGAAAUGCAUGGGUGUGGUGUAUACCUUCUCCAUGUGGGCGUCCAGAGUCAUCGAGUUGUUGUUGGUGAAUCUUUAUCGUUAUUUUCUAGCAUUGGCGCUCCUACUCGUGCCCUUCGGAAGAAAGCGAGCAAUUUGUGACCAUCACAGGCCCGGGCUUUGGAACAUUUUUCGCCGUAUGGUGGGCAUGCCAAGCACCUGCCCGGGUGAUUGUGUGCUGCCUUCCCAAUACAGCAGCGAUUCCUUCAUGGAUGAUUUGGCUUGGAGCAUCUACGUGGUUGAGCUGAUGUGCUGGGCAUAUUUAUUUUGUGUAGUGAUUUACCUCACGGUCCUCUUCCUCUGGUCCGUGAUUCUGUGGCUCUCAGUGCUGCUGCUCUUUGCUGCAGCAGCCUUCUUUGCAAUCUGUGCCUGUUGCGCAGAGGGCCUGGCUGGCUGUGCAGAUUGCUGUGCUGGUGCAGGUGGCGGCUGCGUAGCCGACUGUCCUUGCGGCUGUGAUUGCUUUGGGGCAGGUUUUGCUCAUGGCUUUGCUCAUGGUCCCCUGGAGGCAGAGAUGUUCUACUUUGGUGGCACCUUUCCUCACGAUCCCUUCUGGACGUUGAAUGGAUAUGGAGGAGCAACUCGUGGUGAUUCAGACUGCUGCUGCUGCUGUUGCAGGUUAAGAGAGCUGUGUCUUCCAAUCGCCGCAAUGGUCUAUGUAUUUCCAGUCCUUCCAGAAAAUGCGUGGGGUGGCAUGGUUGGGUAUUUGUGCCUGGGCACACACCAGUGGACUCCAGUGGAACGAAUGUACACUGGAGGCAACAGAGUUGUUGACUUUUUGGGUAUGGGCUGGCGACGAAAUUCUGACUUGCACAACGACCAGGACUGGAGGUCGCGAGUCUUCGAUUUUCUGGCAGGCGAUCCAUUGCCAGUGUCAGAGGCAUACUCUCCUCGCACUAGCAGAGAUGAUCCGCAUGCACAUCUUCUCAAUGAGUACAUGGCAAAUGGCAAGCAGGUGGUACAUGUUGGUUUGGCACGGGCAGUACUGAUCAAGCGACCCCUUGAGAAAGGUCGCGACAAGUGCGUUCCAUCUUCCUUUGAAGACUACUUGCAGAACACUUGUUGGAUUUGCCGAGAGGAGUCGGACGAAUGGGACCUGUGGGUCUCCUGUCAUCAUUUGUUCUGCUCACGAUGCUCCAGUCAGAUGCUGAUUCGGCGGAUGCCCUGUCCACUGUGCCGAGUGGCCUCCACCACCGUGCUUCGAGGUGCAUCUGCGCUGCCUUCUGCGGCCUUUCGCCAGGGAAAUCCUGCAAAUCGGCAAUUCACCUCGUCAGUGCCAAAGCAGGGGCUUGGGAGCCAGCUUCCACCGCCUCCGACGGAUACACAGGUUGUGGCCAACAGGUCGCGGCAACUGGAGGCGGCACAGGCUCCGCCAACAGCACUUCCAAGAGCACAACAAUCAAGGCCAGUGACUCCGAUGGACAUGGAAACGUCUGUGGCAAUUCCAAAGCUUCCAACGCCAAGCGCCAGAUCCAAAGAGCAUGAAGCUCCACGUGUUCAGGAGAUGCCUAAGGCAGCAGCCGUUGGAGUACCGAAAGCGGCAGUGAUAUCGUCAGUUCAGCCAUCAGCUUCGCUGGCUUCUGCAGCUUUGCCGACCUCAGCUGGCACGAAUGUGGCGCGAAGAAGUCCAACACAGCAGGUGCUUCCUUCGGAACCCAAAGUUGCAGCAGUGGCAGCAGUCGCAGCGGUAGCAGUGGCAGCGCCAACCUCAAAGGAGCUCUUCCAAGAAGCUCAGCCAAUGGAGCAUGCAGCGGGCCCUUCAGAAUCUAGCCAGGCAGUGGUUGCUGCGACCACAGUCCAUGCUCUCUCUGGGGCGAAGCGGCUGCAAGGCUUCAAGACAAGUACAGCUGGGGCUCCUUACCGGCUUUGCAAGGUGAGACCUGCUCUAGAAGUACUAGCCCAAAUUUGCGAGUGCCCUCCUCUCUCUGGAGUGGCAAUUCCGGAGCAGGAGGCGGUCAACAAAGUCUUGACUUCAACAAGCCCAAUAAGACCAGUGAGUCUGUCUGGUAUGUAUUUGCUCCGGAAAAUAAGGCCUGGCCAAGAGCAACCUAGCAUACUUGCGAGCACAGCCGGUAUCAUGUUUCUGCGACAUCGAGCAAAGAGUACGGGCUGCAAGGAAUCGGCUCAGUCGUUUGGACAAGCCGAUGCUUUACCCGGCCUCAAGUGCCUGGAACAUGCCAGCCCAAGUAGCGAGGCCGUGCGCUUUGACGCUCCAAAGCUCACUGAGUUGGCAGCCUCCCACAGGGUACUUUCCGGAAGCUUACGCUUGAGAAAUCGACACACUAGCUGUGCUGGAAUUCUGUUCAGAAGGCAUCUGAAGACUACAUAAGUUCAACAUGUACAGCCGCACAGCCAAGCCAUGUCCAUGUCUUCAAGCCAGGUGGAUCCGCUGUGCCAAAGGCCAAAUCACGAGAUUCCAAAUCAAAGAGCUUGGCUGUGCAAAUCAGGACUCCAAUAUCCUGAAACUGCCAGAACUAUGCCUCGGGCCCAAAGAAUUCCUGGCCUGCCAUAGAUUCGAAAAA